AUGAAUAAUAAAAAAAAUUUACAAAAAAUAGUUAUUGUUGGAGAAGGAAGAGUAGGAAAAACAUCAAUAACACUAAGAUAUUGCUAAGACUAAUUUUCUGAAGAUUAAGAAUCGACAAUAAAUGCGUUUUAUCUAGAAAAAUCAAUUAAUUUAUAAAAUUCUGAUGAAGUAGUCAAUAUAGCAAUAUGGGAUACUGCAGGCCAAGAGAAAUUUAGAGCAAUAGUUCCAACAUAUUAUCAUGAUGCAGUUUGUGCAAUAUUAGUUUAUGAUAUUACAAUUAAAGAAUCAUUUGAUAAAGUAAAAUCUUGGAUAAAAGAAUUAUAAGAAUGUACUGAUAGGAGUAAAUUAAUAGUAUGUAUUGCUGGAAAUAAAGGAGAUUUAGAAAAUCAGCGAUAAAUAACAAAAUAAUCAGCAGAGGAUUAUGCUAAGCAAGUUGGAGCAAAACAUUUUACAACCUCUGCAAAAGCCAACUUAGGAAUUAAUGAAAUGUUUUAAUUUAUUGCUGAUGAAAUUUAGAGACAAGGAUUUAAUUUAUAAAAAUAAAAUAAAGGAAGACUAAAGUUAGCAGAAG